AUGAUGAACAAUCCGAUGAGCAAGACUGCAAAGAUCCCAUAUUUGCUGGGGCAGCCUUGUGUGUACCAUGAACGCCCUUCUAAGUGGCACUAUAAUCCAGGAGCCUGUUUAUCUGUGACUGAUGAAAUGAAACACACGUGCCAAUCAAAAGGGCGUUCAUGGUACACACAAGGCUGCCCCAGCAAAUAUGGGAUCUUUGCAGUCUUGCUUCUCGGAUUGUUCAUCAUAUCCUACACUCCUGGGAUAGGGACACUGCUAUGGGUCGUGAAUUCUGAGAUUUACCCUUCGAGAUACCGCGGUGUUGGAGGAGGAAUAGCCGUAGUAGCUAACUGGGUUUCAAAUCUCGUCGUCUCACUCACUUUCUUGACUCUCAUAGAGGCUAUGGGCACUUCAGGGACAUUCCUCUUGUUUGCGGGCUGUUCACUCGCUGGACCUGUGGCCAUCUUCUUCCUCGUACUUGAAACCAAAGGACUGCAAUUCGAGGAGGUCGAAAAGAUGCUGGAAAAAGGAUACAAACCCAACUUCUUGUUUUGGUACAACAUAAACGCCAAACAACAAUCACCCGUCCAAGGUGGUUAA